UAGCGUCCAUAAUAAUGUCACAGUAGAUAUAGCCUCCCUACGCACGUUCACUAAAAUGGCUUGCCAAAUUUGCCUCCCUUUCUCAAACCAAAGCCCCUACUCCUGCAUCCAUUACCACCGUUCCUCUCCCAAGUUCCCUUCUUCCAGACCCAAAGCUCUCAAACACCAGUCUCCGGACAAAGAUACAUUGCUACCUCCACUUUUCCUGACCAGGAGAAGCCUGAAUUCCUCAGCUCUCGCUCUUAUCUUAAAUGGGUUUUUGCCACACUAUUCCAAAGCUUUGUCUCACAAUGAAUUAGAGCUCCAAAGAUACACAGAUGUGGAGGAGGGUUUCACUCUUCUCAGGCCUUCUUCUUGGAUCAAGGUUGAGAAAGCAGGGGCAACUGUUUUGUUUGAGGAGGCAAACAAGGGGAGUAACAAUGUCGGGGUUGUUGUGAACCCAGUUCGUUUAAACGGCCUUGGAGAAUUUGGUACUCCUCAGUUUGUGGCUGAUAAGCUUAUACAGGCUGAAAAACGCAAGGAAAGCACAAAGGAUGCCAAUGUAAUUGGAGUUGCUGAGAGACCAGGUAAAGGAGGCUUACAAGUAUAUGAGUUUGAGUACAAGGUGGAUAGCACUAGGGGAGGAAUGAAGAGGAUCUUUUCAGCGGCUUUUGUGGCAUCAAAGAAGCUUUACCUUCUUAAUAUUUCUCAUUCAGACAAGCCUGAAAGUCCUCUUGAUAACAAUACAAGAGCAGUACUGGAAGAAAUUCUUCAUUCUUUUGAUGCAGCGCCUUCUACAUAACAUUCAGAUAAAGUUUUUUUCUUGACACAAUGACUUCGUGCUUCUGCUUCAGUAUUCAAAUCCCAGUAGUUGCUGCUGACUUAUUUUAUUAUGUCCAAUUUAAAUUAAAUAGGAAGAUACCAGCAGUAGACUGCUGAAAAUGAAAACUGAUAUACAGGGAAUUGAUUAAUUUGAGUUGUUGUCAUUUAUAAAUGAACCCAGGCCUUCAGGAAUGCAUGAACCAUGUGUACUCCACAGCAAUUUUAUUGAUAAUAAGCCAUUAACCAUAUUCAGAUUUGAAAAAUAGAAAGGAAAGAGGAAUAAAGAGUGAGAUUCCAUUUUGGAUUUUGUCAUAAGAAGCUGAUGGUGAUUGUGUGGGUUUUUGUGUGGUGCGUAGGUAUUUGUAUACAAGAAUAUGAAAAUCAAUCCUUUGCAUUGACUUUCAUGUCAAUAAAAUGCAAUUCAUACAACACUUACAUAUGAACAUUCUUUGACCUUCCGGUCUUUCCAAACCAUUUUUAUGUUGAGGCAAAUAUGGCAUUAUGACCAAUAAUAAUCUUGGCUGGGAUCUGAAAUGUGAAGAGUCAUUCUUUAUUUUUCCUAUCAAGGUGAGGCCAAUUGUUUGAGUCAUUUUUAGCAAUCAAUUAGAUUCUUCAUGCCAAGAUUAAUGUGAGGGCAGAUGGUGUAUGGAUGAAAACAUUAUAUUAUAUUGUUGUCGGCAUUUAUUAAAAUUUACUUGAACAAGAUCUCCUUAGCUGAGUUGUUUCAAUUGCUGUCUGUAGGUAAAUCAUAAGAUUAUGCUAAGUUCAUGAGUUUACCCUUCACCCAAGGGUUUGAAUGAGAUUUCAAAUGUCUGUUUUCUCAUUGCAGGCUGGUUUGUAGCAUCCAAAUUCAUAGCUACUGAAGCAAUAUGCAGUGAUUUUAUGUUUUCAAACAAGUGAAAUACCUGAAGAAACUUCAGCCCUGCUGGUAAAAAUUCUAAAAUUUGUAGCAGUCUGCAAGUUUCCAUCACUUAUGUCUUCAAACUUAUGUAAUCACUAUUUGUCAUGUGAUCGAUUUACAUUCUCGGGCUUCCUUGCUUUGGGGGCCAAAAUACACCUUUUCCUGCUUGUGCUAACUUUGAUCUGUUUCAAUGAAU